AUGGUUGUCAUUUGAAAGUGAGGUCUGGUUAGUGGUCAGUGGACGAUCAGAGUCGUAAGAGGAGUCGCUCAGUGAGCAGCUGAAAGCUUUAUAACCAGUUGCAGAAGUGCAAACAAGCAGCGACACUUGCUUGCCAGAAAGACAUCUACGUCAAAAGUGUCGUCGAGCACGGGACGAGGAGUUGACAAUUCUGGAAUACAAAGUUUAAUUAUCAUAACUAUAUACGCACAAGCGUAUUCGAGAAUCGAACCGUUAUGCAAACAACGAUGUGUCAAACGAUCGAUCGCAAGUGCCAAAAAUCUACGCGAAUAAGAAACACUUCAAGGUCCCGUUUGCUGUUCUUUGCAAUUCUUUCUCUUUGGGCGGUGCAGCAGGUGCAGUCCAUGCCCUCUAGAGAUUUGACAGAAGUCGGUUCCUCCUCAAGGACCCGAAUCUUGGAUGUACCUCCUCAGCGGAAUCGUGAGACCCGGGAAAAGGCGUCGAACAGUAGAGAAAGGAGCCGGAAAGAAAGUAUCCCGGAAAGACGUCUAAACGCCGGCGACUUCCAUUUUGCAGAGGAUGACAUAAAUCAACAUAACACUUCGAAGUCUUUCAUGGUUCCUGUUCCGAUGAAAUCCUGCGUUGGUCAGACAUUCUGCGAGGAAGUUGAGUCUUACCCUCAGGAUAUCGUGAGGAAUAUAAUACGAAGAAAUGAAAACUUGAAGAUAUUCGCCGGCGUCGAUGACAUCCAGAUCGGUGAGAGGAUAAAUCCAUCCGACGGUGCCGAAACGCUCUGCAAUUCAGACGUAAGGGUCAUAUUUCCAAAAGAGGGGGAAACCGAUAAAGGCGAUCGGCUGUUCAUACUCCAGGAUGCCUCGAUCGGUUUCAGGCAGGGCGUACAAAUCGAGAGCUGCGGAAGAAGUGAAGCCGGCGGCGCUUGCAGGAUUAUCGACGAAGCGAUCCCCGGAUACAAGACGGAAUGCGCGCAGAAAUACGUUUACAGAGUAAUGGCUGCGCUCUCGAAAGACAUGACGGAGGAACAGGCACGCGUCAAAAUGCCUUCAAGCUGCUGUUGUCAGGUGCAGUUCGUGGGUGCGCGAAUCGGCGGGCGCGUCGGGAUCGGCAAAGACCAAAGUCCAGCGAUAAGCACACAUCGCCAACACCAGCAUCACAAUUGAGUUCAAAACAUUUAUUCAACUGCGUUAU